UAUUACCGCACAGUAAAAGAUUCUUGCAAUAUGAAAUCCUCGGGCGAUUUAGCGGCGGACUGUCUAGAACUAUACUCAGAUGCGUGUUACAGAACGUCAGGAAUAUUCACGAUACGUUCCAAGGAUGGCGGUGCUCGACAGGUUUAUUGUGAUAUGGAGACAGAUGGGGGAGGCUGGACCGUAAUACUGAAACGCGGGGAUGGAUCUGUCAAUUUCUCUAGGAACUGGGAGGAUUAUAAAAACGGAUUUGGGAACCCCUCCACAGAGUACUGGAUCGGGAACGAGAUGAUCCACAAUCUGUCCGCGUCAUUCUUAUACGUCAUGAUAACUCACGCCAAUGGUUCUGUCUUCUACGAGAUCUAUGAUCACUUUUACGUGUCCAGCGAAGCUACUGGAUACAAACUGUACAUUGGAGAUGCCACGGGAACCUUGGGUAAUGCAAUGACGCCCCCUUCAUCUCUUGCUCAGGUCCACUCUAUGGGAUUCAGCACAAUGGAUAGGGAUCAGGAUCAGAAUUCCUCCGCUAACUGCGCAACUCUGUCCGGUGGGGGAGGGUGGUGGUACAAUAAUUGUCAUCAGGCCCUCCUGACCGGUCCCUACGCCACCACCGAGUGGAUCCGCCCCUGGAGUCCGAUGUUCGAUGACGGCACACAAAUAAAAGCUGUGAAGAUGAUGUUAAAACGGAAAUAAUCGUACGGCAAAAUAAUUUCUAGAAAGUAACAGCUAGGAUGGCAUGAGAUAAUAAUUUUGAUUUUAUGGACUUGAACGGAUCUGUAUAUCACAAUUCAUAUAUGAAUAGUAGAAACAAAAAGACAAGAGUCCCAUGAGCCACAAUGCUCACCUGAGUAUAUAUUGCCCUUCUGUUCUUCAUCAG